AUGACAGAGGAGGAUAAAGCAGAUGUUAAACAACGGGUUCCCAGAUCUGCCAGACCUAAAAAGGCUCCUUUCCUUUUUCCUUUGGCUAUUUCAAAAGAUGUGAAUGACUCAGAUGUGACUUGCGUUGAGAAGAAAAAGGGAUAUCAUGUUGGAUAUUAUUUCGUAUCUCUGACAAAGAAGACAGAUCCAUUUCUUGGUAAAACUAGAGCAUAUGGAUACAAAUGCUAUAGACAUUCCAAACCAACAGAUUUGGAUGUUUCAAACUACUACUUCUUCUAUGCAUGGUACAAAGGAUAUCUUCAAAGUGGAAUCAAAAUAAACCAGAAGUCUUUCAAAAGCCUCUCGGCCUACUACUUUUCCCAUGAUACAAAUAACACAACGCCCCUUUUCAUUAGAGUGAAUCCAAAGGGGGAGGGGUAUUACGAGCGAACUUCAGCUGGCAAUGUAUGGAGAAAUGUCAGUCAAGUAGAUGAUUCCGAACUUUACAGCAAAUUUAUGGAAAUAGUGAAGAACACGAAAGUUUACCCAGUAGUAAUAAAUGUGACUGAGAGGAACGAAUAUUACAUAGAUGGGUAUAGGGAGGAUGAAUACCUAGCACGGUCAAAAGUACCCCGUAUUACCGUAACGAAUUCUCAAGAUUCCUUAUACAAAGGAUACGAAAUGAACACUCACAAGAUUAUUUCAUCAGAUGAGAGAUCUGAGGAAAACCAAUUAAAGGAUAUGAGAGUGAUUUCUACAAUUUACGGGGGACAUGCCUACGAGUUUAAAUCAAGUGUUUCUGACAAGAGAUAUUCCUGCGUUAGUGUAUACUAUUGGGACCUUAUUCCAGACAAAGUUUUACUUUUACAACUUGGAUAUGGUAAUACUUUCUACUGUCCAAAAGGGGGAGAAUGGACUAGUUUAACUGGUAUUUCCAAAGAAAAUCUAACCACAUAUUUAGAUUCUAUAAACUGCAUACAGAAUUCGGCCCAUUUUCUUGAUAUUGGUGAGACCUCAGAUUAUAUAUGUUGGAGUUGUGCCACCCAUAUUAUAUAUGUAGAACAAGAAUGUUUUGAAGGAAAUUGGACAAGAUGUACCCAUAAAAUGAGGGGGAAAUUUUCAGCUAACAAAUUUUGGUACAAGUACAUGCUACAAUCUGGACUACCAGCAACUAAGAAUGUAUCAGAAGUUCAUGUAUACUUUUCCAAUGGGAAACCUUUAAUGGUAGAUAUCGAUUCUGACAAUCCUAGAAACGAUCUAUUUGAGCUACACAAGGAAAAUGAGUGGAUAAGAUCCAAUAGAGGAUAUUCUGGGAGAAUAAAAUCCAUUCCCGAUAUCCUAAAAGAAAUCUGGACAAAUUAUCGAUGCAAUUCUGGGUUUAUAGAAACAAAAACAGAAGAAUCUUCUAUUGGUGGGCAAGAAUCUAUCCGAACAAGUGACUCUGAAAGCAUUACAAAAAUAGCAGUUGGAGGAGUUAGUGGUUCCAUAAUAACUAUACUGGGAGGCCUUGAGACUUUUGCAUUUUUUAAAUAUCCAAAUAAAAGCGUCAUAAGAUUAAUAACAAGCAUGUUCAACAAGUAG